AUAAGUUAUUUUGGAGUGUUAUUUCGUUCCUGGUUGAAUUAAAGAAUUAUUAGUUUUUAUUUUUUAUCGUAUUAUCAUCGAAUCCGUGUAAUAUUUUUAUUUUCUUUACAUUCGGGUGUUUUGUGACCUUCGUGAUAAUUAAUAUUCUUAUUUGAUCAAAAUAGUUCAAGUGAAUAUAAAAAAAAUUUAAUGUAAAACUUGAACAAAAGUCAACUGAAGAAUGGAAUCCAGAGGCGAAACAUGUGAAUUACAACAACUUGUCCCAAGUGAUGUUGAUGGAGAAAACGAAGACAGUUUAGCUCAAGACGAUUAUACACUAAAUGGAGAAAAAACCGUAUCUCCUCUUAGAAGCAUGAAAAUUUCUUCAACAGGAACAAGUCACAGUUCUGUGUCUAAACGAAACAAUCCUUCUAACACAACUGGUACUGCUAAUUCAAAGCUAUUUUAUAUCAAUGAAAAACGGUUUAACAAAGAUUCUAAAUCAAACACUGCACGUCCGCGGAAUCCACACAAAGUAAAUUCAAAUGGUUCAACUGCUCGACACCAUUGUUUUCUUUCUGAAGUACCAGAUGUGAGACAUAUGGAACAGGCACUUCUCGGUCUUUUGGCUGACUUUCAUUCUGGCAAAUUGAAAGCAUUUGGAAGUGGAACAACAAUGGAACAAAUGAAAAAUAUACGAGAACAACAAGAAAAACUUGCCAAAUUACAUUUUGAUCUAAGUGCAACUAGUGAUCCUCCCCUUAGUGAUAUAGGACUUAAACAUUCUCGUAAUACAAUGAGCCAACUUAUAGACAGAUUAGAACAACUCAGUGUGUCCAUAGAGGGAUUACAUAAUAAUAAUAAAAAAUAAUUUUUCCAAAAUUAAUCAUUAUAGUUAGAGUAAUUUUUCUAUAAUAUAUGCAUGUACCUUAUAAUAGUAAAUUGUACUGGAUGUUCUACAAAACUGCAUAUGACUGUAAUUCCGAAAUAUAUUUAUUUUGGGUUUUCGUUUUGAUGGUUUAA